AUGAUUGAAGGGUAUUCACCAUUGAUUCAGACAGUUUUGGGAACAGGAUUGACGUGGGGCGCAACUGCAUUGGGUGCGUUUUUCUGUAUCUUCCAACCGACCAAUGGGCGUGUGCUUGAGAAUGGUAAAUUCCUUGACGGAAGCCUUGGAUUUGCUGCUGGGGUUAUGCUUGCAGCUUCUUUCUGGUCCCUUCUCCAACCAGCCAUUGAUCUAGCACAGGAAGCUGACUCGGCCACGAGUCUCAGUUACAUGCCUGCUGCUAUAGGGCUUUUAACUGGAGCAUUAUUUAUUAUUGUGUCAGAUUACUUCUUCCCGGAACACGAUAUUAUCAGUGACAAUGUCCACCAAGAACCCGAAGUGUCUUCAUCUACUUCGCACAUUGUGGACAGUCAUCUGUUUGCUAGACUUUCUAAUGAGUCGGUUCGUUACCGUGGCAACAAUCUCUUAACCCCCAUUACAUUUCCUGAUCCCCAACUAAUUUCUCCCCGCAUUCCGCGAAUGAGCACCAAACUCUGGCUGCUUCUUCUAGCCAUCACCGUGCACAACAUUCCUGAGGGUCUUGCAGUGGGUGUGGCCUUUGGUGCUGAGAAUGACAUCACAGGUUUCUACCGAGCCAGAAACCUCGCCCUCGGUAUGGCAUUGCAAAACUUCCCUGAAGGUCUUGCCGUCAGUUUGCCGCUUCGCGCGAGUGGAUAUUCAUUCUGGCGCAGUUUUUGGUACGGACAACUCUCAGGUUUCGUCGAACUGAUUGCUGGCAUUCUGGGCUGUGUCACUGUGCAAUAUAUUCAAAGUCUCCAACCAUACGCUCUCGGUUUCGCUGCUGGAGCAAUGAUUUUUGUGAUAUUCGAUGAUGUGAUACCCGAGGCACACAGAAAGUAA